AUGACUUGGCGCUCGUUUGCAGGACAGGCGGGAAGGCUGGGCUACACUUCGCCCAUGCCGAUCCACCACAUCUCCGAGAUGACCUGGACCGAAGUCGAAGCCCUCGACCUCGCCUCCGCUGUGGCUCUACUUCCGGUCGGGGCAGUGGAGGCCCAUGGGCCACACCUGCCGCUGUCGACGGAUCGGGUGAUCUCAAUUGCGAUGGUGGAGGACGCUGCCGGACGGCUGGCCGAGGGCGGGCUCGAUGCCAUCGUGUUGCCGCCGGUGGAUUACACGGCAGCGUCGUUUGCGGCGGCGUUUCCAGGCACGGUGUCGGUGCGGCCGGAGACUGUGACGGCGCUGUUGGUGGAUAUUGCCGCGGCGCUGGCGAGCCACGGGAUCGGCACCCUGGCUGUUGCCAAUUCGCAUUUCGAUCCGGUCCAUCUAGGGUCGCUUUAUGCGGCGAAGAAGGAGAUCGAGAAGCUCGGCCGGCCGCGGCUGGUGUUUCCUGAUGUCACUCGCAAGCCGUGGGCGCAUCGUUUGACCGACGAGUUCAAGAGUGGUGCCUGCCACGCUGGCUGUUACGAGGGCUCGAUCGUGCUGGCGGCGCGCCCGGAGUUGGUGCGGGAGGAGGUUGGGCGCGGGUUGGAGCCGGUGCCGGUUUCGUUGUCGACGGCGAUUCUCGAGGGCCAGUCCAGUUUUGCCGAGGCCGGCGGGCCGCGGGCCUAUUUUGGUGACCCGGCAGCGGCCUCGGCCGAAGAGGGCCGACGGACGAUCGAGGUGCUGGGUGAGAUCCUUGCCGAGGCGGUGCUGGCGGGCGACUGA